UUUUCCAGGGGCCAUUGUCAAGGGCCGGGUGCGUAACGUUCACAACAGUCCUUCCCCCACUUCGCCGCCAAGAUGUCGAUCAUCUUGCCAGAGAAGUUCCAGCACAUCCUGCGUUUGAUGAACACCAACAUUGAUGGCAGGCGCAAGGUUAUGUUCGCCAUGACAGCCAUCAAGGGUGUUGGUCGGCGCUACUCCAAUAUUGUCCUGAAGAAGGCAGACAUUGACCAGACCAAGCGUGCUGGAGAGCUCACUGAGGAGGAGGUUGAGAAGAUCGUGACAAUCAUGAGCAACCCCCGCCAGUACAAGAUCCCUGACUGGUUCCUCAACAGACAGAAGGACAUCAAGGACGGCAAGUACAGCCAGGUGAUGUCUAACUACUUGGAGACAAAGCUGCGUGAGGACUUGGAGCGCAUGAAGAAGAUCCGAGCUCACCGUGGCUUGCGUCAUUACUGGGGCCUGCGUGUGAGAGGCCAGCACACCAAGACCACUGGCCGCCGUGGUCGCACUGUGGGUGUGUCCAAGAAGAAGUAAACUUAUCAGUAAAUAAAUAAUUCAACGUCA